UAUAUACGAAUUAUCCGUAUAUUGGCGGGAAAGUUACCUACGUGCUCUCGUGCUCUCGAACCUUGUCGAACCUAACUCCAUCCUUCAGUUCAUCUUUCCUCCCGAACCUUUACUCCAUCUCUCUGUCGAGCCCUAACUGCACUUCUUUUUUUUGGAACCGUCACUGGACCUCUCUCGAGCCCUACCUCCAGCGCUGUUCUCUCGAACUGUCAUCUGUUCGAAGGUUUUUUCUCACCUUGUCUCCAACACCAAAGAAUCUCGUUGACGAAACAAUCUCAGUCACCAAACAGUUUCGUUCGGCCUCCGUGGUUCUGUGUGAGUCUUCGUUGCGCUGUUGGUUAGGUUGACGUUGAGACCUUCAUCUGUGGCCCAUUUUUGGUUCGGCUGGCAAGACGUGGUGGAUUGUGACCAAGCAUCGAUUGAGGCUACUGUGUUGUGGUUAAGGUGAGACAAAUUACACUUGGUGGUGCGAAGAGCCUAAGUGAAGGAGACAGAGAAAAAGAUUGAUUCCUUAGACACUUUGGCAUUACUUGGUGACCGUCAACGCUUUGCCACCUCUGUUGAAUGGCUUGGUAAAAAUCUUCGCUUUGAUAUAAAUAAAACUGUUUGUGUUUGAGACCACUAUCAGGGUUCUCGGAGGAUUACUUUCGGCUCAUCUUAUUGCCUCUGAUUGUGCUACGGGCAUGAAAGUUCCAUCAUAUGAUAAUCAGUUACUAAACUUAGCUGAAGAUCUUGCCAGGAGAUUGUUACCUGCAUUUGAUACUCCAACAGUUGCACUUUGAAGGUUGGUACCUACAAUCUAGUAUACAAGAAGCUUCUUUUGACAAUCAACCAAAGCUUGCAAUCAUGGUGAAAGAAUGCUAGAAGAUGAUGUACAUAAUGAUGUAACUUGGAUGGGUGUAGAGACAUAAGGUGAAGCAAAUAACCAAUUUAUGACGAUGGAAAACAUAGUGCAUGAUGCUCUUAUGCAACACGAGUUGUGCCAAACAUCUAAUUCAGAUAAGAUAGAAGAGGCUCCAAAUGAAGAAACUCAAAGAUUUUAUAAUCUUUUGUUGGAUGCAAAUAAGCCGUUGUAUGAAGGAGCAUCAGAGUCAAAAUUAUCAAUAUGUGUCAAGCUAUUAGCUAGCAAGUCCAAAUGGAAUAUUCCUAACCAAUGCAUAGAUUUUUUUGCAAAAAUGCUUAUGGAUGUAACACCCAUCAACUCAGGUUUGCCCAAAACUUACUCCGAUGCAAAAAAGUGUUUGUCAAGGUUGGGAUUACAAUCGCAGAGGAUUGAUUGUUGCGUGGAUGGUUGCAUGCUCUUUUAUGAUAAUGAUUAUGGUAAGAACGAUGGUGCGUUGCUUGAAUGCAAAUUUUGUGGAAAGGCAAGAUAUCAACCACGUAAGACGGGGGCAAGUACUAAAAAACAAGUUCCUGUAAAAUCAAUGUUCUAUUUGCCAUUAAUUCCGAGACUACAUAGAAUGUAUGCCUCAACACAAGUUGCAGGACAAAUGACAUGGCACUAUCAGAACAGGUCGACAAAUGGUGAUUUGUGUCAUCCAUGCGAUGGAGAGGCAUGGAAGCACUUUGAUAGAGUAUAUCCUGACUUUGCCAACGAGCCACGCAAUGUACGACUCGGUUUAUGCUCUGACGGUUUUAACCCAUAUGUACAAGCAUCAAAUAUACCUUAUUCAUGUUGGCCAGUAAUUGUGACCCCGUACAAUCUUCCUCCGGAAAUCUGCAUGUCUGAACCUUACAUGUUUUUGACUUGUCUCAUUCCAGGGCCAUUCAAUCCAAAGGUUGCCAUAGAUGUGUACUUGGAGCCCUUGAUAGACGAAUUGAAGAAGUUGUGGAUUGGUGUCAUGACAUAUGAUAUUUCAAGGAGACAAAACUUUAUGAUGAGGGCCAUGCUCAUGUGGACAAUUAAUGACUUUCCUGCUUAUGGUAUGUUGUCUGGUUGGAGUACUCAUGGUAAAUUGGCCUGUCCACACUGUAUGGAGCAUACAAAGGCCUUUAGAUUAUAUCAUGGGCAAAAAAAUUCAUGGUUUGACUCCCAUCGGAGGUUUUUACCAAAUGAACAUCCAUUUAGGAGGAAUAGGAAAGCUUUCAAGAAGGGGGAAGUGGACAUGGAAGAGGCACCACCCAAACCUUCGCCAUUAGAGGUUUGGAAUAAAGUGAGGGCUUAUCCUAAAGUAACUGAAAGUGGUGUAGAAACAAUAAAUGGAUACAGUGAGUGGCAUAAUUGGACGAAAAGAAGCAUCUUUUGGGAUCUACCGUAUUGGAAGGAUAAUUUGUUACGACAUAAUCUCGACUUCAUGCAUAUUGAAAAGAAUUUCUUUGAUAACAUUUUUAAUACUGUGAUGAAUGUCAGUGGGAAAACAAAAGACGAUGAAAAGGCUCGAAUGGAUAUAAGUUUGUAUUGUAGACGAAAAGACUUGGAGCUCAAAAGUCAUAGUAAUGGAAAUAUAUACAAGCCAAAAGCUAAUUAUACACUUUCAAUAGACCAAUCAAAACAGGUCUAUCAUUGGUUGAAAGAUCUCAGGAUGCCUGACGAAUAUUUUUCUAACUUAUCGAGGUGUGUUGAUGUGAAUAAAGGGAAGUUGAUUGGGAUGAAAAACCAUGAUUGUCACGUGUUCAUGGAAUGCUUACUUCCUAUAGCAUUUAGUGCUUUACCAACUCAUGUUCUCAAUCCCAUUACAGAGAUAAGUCAUUUUUUCAGAGAUUUGUGUUGUACGACAUUGAACGACGACGACCUUAAGAAGAUGGAAGAAAACAUUCCAUUCAUUCUCUGCAAGAUGGAAAGAAUAUUCCCCCCUUCAUUCUCUGAUUCUAUGGAACAUCUUCCUGUCCACCUUCCCUACGAGGCAAGACUUGGUGGACCAGUCCAAUAUAGGUGGAUGUACCCAUUUGAAAGGUUCAUGGGAUAUGCUAAGCGUUCAUUUAAGAAUAAAGCUAGGGUUGAAGAAUCUAUUUGUGCAUCAUACUUGCACAGGGAGACUACUCAUUUUUGUUCCCACUAUUUCAAGAAUUUUAUGUUGACACCACAAAGCAGUAGAAAUGAAGUUGAAACUGAAGUUGAAAGUCUUCCAACAACAUUAUCAGUGUUUGACGAACCUGGCCGUCAUUCUGGGAGGGAGUCAAUUCAUUGGUUAACUAAUGAAGAAUUGACCUCAGCUCAUGUUCAUAUUUUGAUCAAUUGUGAUGAAGUUCAACCUUACUUCGACUCCUUCUUACAAUUCUACCAACUUUCUGAGUCAAAUUCUUCAACAUAUAUACAUACAAAUUUCCCAAUGUGGUUCAGGGAACAAGUUCAUAAAGAUUCUUUAAGUGUAAAGAACCAACAUCUUAGAGAUUUAUCACUUGGUCCUUUAAGGUGUGUAAAGGAAUGGCACACCUUCUUUGUGAAUGGGUACAAAUACCAUACUCAUGCAUGGAGUCAAGACAAGAGAACAAUCAAUAGUGGGGUUCAAAUGAAAGGGCUUACAGAAGGAGGUCAGGAUGAUUUCUAUGGUGUGAUUAAACACAUGUAUGAGCUUGAGUACAAUUCUUCAACUACUGAAAAGAAAAUUGUAUUAUUUUAUUGUGAUUGGUUUGAUCCAUCAAGAUUAGGUACUAGGGUUGAUUCAAAAUAUGGCAUUGUGGAUAUUCGAAUGGAUACAAGAUAUGAGCGGGUUGGUCCUUUUGUAAUGGCACAUACUGUAGAACAAGUUUAUUAUGUACCAUAUCCUGCAACAUGCACGGAUAAAGAGGGUUGGUGUGUUGUAAUAAAGACCAAGCCAAGAGAUUGUAUAGAUUCUAAUGAUGUACAAUCCGAAAUGCCAUACCAAGUGGAUGAAAUGUCACAAGUUAAUAACGUCAUUGAAGUUGAACAAGUUACCCGUUUGCAAGAUAUAGAAGGUGAGGUUGAAGAAGUGGACACCAUGAAUAUUUCAUCGUUUCAAGGGCAUAUGGAUGAAGAAACAACUGAAUCGGAAGAAUGCAAUGAAGACGAAGAGAGUGAAGAUGAUGAUGAAGAUGAAUUUGAUAGUGCUAGCACUGAAUAGAUUUAGACAGGGUUGAUGUAUUUGUGUGUCGAAGUUGGAAAGAAUUGUGUAUUUAGUUGAUAGUACAAUAGUCUAACUUACUUGUGAUCUCUGAGUUAGAUUUUCAUUAGGGAUUUUUUGAGAUAUUCAUCCA